AUGUUGGAUUUGGAUCAUCAUCAGUUAUCUUCAAGUACUUUGAUCUUGGCCAUCUUUUCCUUCUUCUUCUUCUCAUUACAUGGAAAUGCUAAACAAAUAUAUGUGGACUCAUAUGAUGUCUUAUCAUCUUGUUUGAUCGAAAACAAUGUUCACAAUUUCACGUUUUACCCUCGAAACGACAACGAUUCAUCCCCUUACUUCGGUCUUCUAAACUUCUCCAUGCAAAAUCUGCGGUUGGCCAACACGUCGAGCCCUAAACCCGAAGCCAUCAUUCUCCCCGGGACUAAACAAGAGCUCGCCAGCAGCGUGCUCUGCUGUCGGAAAACGUCGCUAGACAUUCGGGUUAGAUGCGGCGGGCACAGCUACGAGGGCACUUCCUUUCUGGUUGCUGGACCGACUUCUUUUGUCAUCAUCGACAUGAUGAAUCUCGACCAAGUUCGAGUCGACUUGGAAUCAGAGGUGGCGUGGGUGGAAGGCGGGGCUACGCUAGGCCAAACGUACUAUGAGAUAGCCGAGGCGAGUGGCGGGGCACGCGGAUUCUCUGCAGGAUCGUGCCCCACCGUAGGAUCUAGCGGACACAUUGCGGGUGGUGGAUUCGGUUUGAUGUCGAGGAAGUACGGUUUAGCAGCUGACAAUAUUGUCGACGCUAUCUUAAUCGACGCUGAGGGUCGGAUUCUAGACAAGGACGAAAUGGGGGAGGAUGUUUUUUGGGCCAUACGAGGAGGGGGCGGGGGUAUAUGGGGAAUUGUCUAUGCUUGGAAGAUCCGAUUGUUAUCGGUACCUCGUACGGUGACGUCUUUUAUAGUAUCUAGGCCCGGAACACGAAGUCAAGUGGCAUCGCUAGUCCACAAAUGGCAAUUUGUCGCGCCAAAAUUAGACGACAAAUUCUAUUUAUCAUCGACUCUAGGUGCCGGGCUACCCGAAAUGGGAGGAAAUAUCGGACUUUCGGCUACGUUUAAGGGAUUCUAUUUAGGGCCAAAGCAGGAAGCUUUCAAAAUUAUAAACUCGACUUUUCCAAAGUUAGGUUUGGUGCCGAAAGAGUGCGUGGAAAUGAGUUGGAUAGAGUCAAUCCUUUUCUUCGGAGACCUCGAGAAAGGAGCAUCGGUCGAAAGAUUAAAAGAUCGUUACUACAAAACAAAGACAUACUUUAAGGCUAAAUCGGACUAUGUAAGAACGCCCAUUCCAUUUCGAGGGAUGUUGGCUGCGCUAGACGUGUUGGAGAAAGAACCGAAAGGGUUAGUCAUAUUGGAUCCUUAUGGUGGUGCUAUGGAAAAAAUAAAUGAUAAAUCCAUUCCUUUUCCUCAUAGACGAGGAAACCUUUACACAAUUCAAUAUUUAGUUAAUUGGGAUGAAAGCAACGCUAACCAAGGACGCAACUUUGUUGAUUGGAUACGAGGUUUUUACGACUCCAUGACACCCUAUGUUUCACGGGGCCCACGUGCGGCCUAUGUCAACUAUAUGGACUUUGACCUCGGGAUAAUGGAUGGGAGCAAGGUGAAUGAUAUCGAGUUGGCUAGGGUUUGGGGGGAGAAGUAUUUCUUGCAUAAUUACGAUAGAUUGGUGAGUGCGAAGACGAUAAUAGACCCUCUUAAUGUGUUUAGGCAUCAACAAGGCAUUCCUCCAUUGGCCGAAAUAGCAUCGGAAGUUGUAUUAAAUGAUUUUAUGAACGCGUGA